AUGAGGCAUACUACACCGACAUCUUCAUCAUUCUCAUCUGAGCUCGUGUCAGUGGAACCUCGCGAAGUGCAACAUAUUGCUAGAGCGUGCCGAGAACUGAGGAAAGCUAAGCUACUGCCGCCACAUUGCCGGGCCAUAUCGCUCAUUAAGGGUAUUGGUGUCAGGAAUGGUUGGCCUUUGACCCUGACACACGAAAUCGGUUCUAUAUUGGACCUGCCGAAGCCAUGUAUCCUUUCGGGCGCAAAUGUGGCUAACGAUGUUGCCGCUGAAAACUUCGCGGAGGCGACAAUUGGCCAUGCAGACGGUGAGACCGAGACGGCAGCGUUGUGGCAAUUGCUUUUUGACAGACCUAACUUCAAGAUCAACGUUCUCCCAGAUGUUGACGGCGUCGAGGUUUGCGGAGCACUGAAGAACGUCGUCGCCCUUGCCGGUGGUUUCUGCGAAGGAAUGGGCCAGGGUACUAACACAAAGGCAGCAAUCCUCCGCCUUGGAGUGGAGGAGAUAAAGACAUUCACCAUGCUCUUUUUCGGGGAUCUCCUUGCUGACACGCUGUACGACAGCGCAGGCUAUGCUGAUGUUAUCACUACCGUAUUUGGAGGGCGCAACGCCAGAGUGGCUGCGGCUUUCGUGCGCAACAGAGGCAAGGACUGGGAUCAGCUGGAGAAGGAAAUGCUCAACGGCCAAAAGCUGCAAGGGCCGGCUACGCUCGAACUGGUGGCUGAGGUGAUACGUGCAAACGAAGUUGAGCAUCUUUUCCCGUUGUUCAUGUCGACGUACGCGGUAGCAUUUGAAAAUGCCGAGCCGGAGGCAAUCCUCGACGUUUUCCGCACCAAUCGGCCGCGUAGCAUUCAGCGGAGUGAAGAUUGCGUGAAGCUGAAAGUUCCCUCGCUCGUGAAAGAUGCAAGGACACGAAUUGCGUCCCGCAUGAAGAAGCUUGGGAGAAGCAUCAGUGAACUGACAAGGAACCCACCAGACACCCCCGACAGCGCCUCAGAAGAAAGCAACCACAAGGCAGAGAAUAAUUGCGCCAAGCUGUAA